CCCGCACUUCUGGAGUUCCACCUUCUCUUCUCUGGAUAUAUGAUAUGAUACAGCCAGGGGUUUAAGAAAAAAGAAAAGAAAAGAAACAACAGGAGAUAGAGAGAGACGGAAAUUCUAGCAUCCGGAGUACACGGCAGUUAAUAAUGUUGAUCCAUGGAUGGCACAGAGAGUGUCCUGCACGAGCCCCCCCCCCCGUGAGUGGCUUCGGCAUCCCCUUCUGCACCCAUGGUUUCAGUCUCGAAUUCGCAGCUCAUAGGCUUUUGGGUCAGGGGAACGGCCUGGUGGGGCAAUGAGAGAAUAGGUUAGAGCGGCAUCCUUCCCCAUCUUAUUGCGCGUCUCUGCGAUGAGUAUGACUUGGCAAUUCCCGGCGGACGACCGCGAUCAACACUUCCCGUAGUUCCCGCUUUUGCCCCUACUUUUCCCUCAUUCUGGUACUAUCUUUUUUUGCCGAUGCUGUAAAAUAGUCCGCUCCUUGCUUCUUUUCCUCUCUCUUUUGUCCCUCCUCAUUUUCCUUGGGUCUCUGUCGGCCACGCUUUAGUACUCUCGUUACAAUUGCUGUCACUUCAAUUGACAUGAAGGUGACGCUAGUCGCUCCUUGAACGCUCCCAAUUAAUUUGUAUAAACCCUCCCUUACUAUAUACAUGCUUGUUUUGCUUAGCGUUGUACUAUAAUCGUGAACUUGGUCUCCGCAAUCACGCAAUAUGGUCCGUGGAUUUCUCGCCGCCUCUAGCAUUCUAUUGCUGUCUGUAGGGGCGCUUGCCGAAGAUAACUGGCCGUUUAUCACCCUACAGACGGCCCCAUUCACGCCUCCUAAACUUGAGGUGACCAAAACCGGACCUACUGACCCGGGCUAUAUCUUCGUCGGACCUCGUGGCAAUCAGCCGAAUGGCACUGCGGCCCUCAUUUACGACGACGACGGCAACCUUGUGUACCAAGGCCCGACCGAGGUGUCAGCCAACUUCAAAGUACAGAAUGUGUUCAACCAAGAUGUUAUCACUUUCUGGGCCGGCAACAUGAUGGAGCUCGGCUUUGGCUAUGGCACUGUCCAUAUUCUUGACAACACGUACGCAGAGAUCUACACUGUCACCCUUCCGGGCAACUUCAUCUGCCCCGAUGGUGUGACCAGGGACUCGUACAUUGAUCUUCAUGAGAGCCAUGUAACGAAGCGUAACACUCUGCUGGUAACCGCUUACAACGUUACUCAGUUUGAUCUGACGUCAAUUGGCGGCAAAAUCGAUGAUUACUUGCUGGAUGGCAUGUUCUUCGAGAUUGACAUUGCGACCAAUGAAAUCGUGUACUCCUGGAGUGCGCUGGAACAUAUUCAAGAUAUUCCCCUGGAACAGUCCAAGCAGGGCCUGGCCGAUGACUAUGGCACCCAGGAAAAACCGUGGGACGCCUAUCACAUCAAUUCGGUUGAGCUUGUUGAUGACGGCUACAUCAUCUCCCUGCGUCACUACUGGUCCGGCUACUACGUCCACACUAAUGGCACGAUCAUGUGGCGGCUGAGUGGUGAGAAGGGAGUCGGUGACUUUGAAAUCGAUGACGGUGCCGUCUUCUCAUGGCAGCAUGACAUCCGCGUCUACAACCAGACAAAUGAGGGUAUGGUCCUAGACCUGUUCAACAACGCCAACACACCAACGGAAACGGUUGCUCCCACCACUGGUCUAAGCCUCGCGAUGGACCUGGUCAACCGCAAGGUUACUACUUUGCGCACCAUGAACGAUGGCAACGAUGUCAUUCACAGUGUUAGUCAGGGAAGCUACCAGCUGAUGAGUGAGCAAACGAACCAUGUCUUUAUGGGUUACGGUUCCAUCUCGAAGGUGAAGGAAUUUGAUGCCAACAAUAAUGCAGUCCUCACCGCCCAAUUUGGGGAUGACAAUGCCGUUGCAUCCUACCGUGGCUACAAGUGCCAGUGGAAGGCUACGCCAUUCUGGAAACCCGCUGUCGUUGUAGAGCGGAUCUCAAAUUCUGCUACUGUCCAUAUGAGCUGGAAUGGAGCCACCGAGUACGACAAUUGGGCCAUUUAUACAGCUAGUUCUCCUGAAUCUACCGACCAUACUUUCAUCACCUCUGUGAAACGGACAGGCUUCGAGACCGCUGCAAACGUGAACAACUUGAGGAGCCCUUACUUCCAAGUAGUUGCCCGGAAGGGUAACAUCCCGCUUAGUAGCAUCGUCGUCCCUGUUGCUUAAACCCCCUUGAUUCGAUCUCUCACGACAUGUGAUGAGAGGCCUGGUCUCGGAGCAAACUGGGGCUUAUCUCGCAGGCAUUUUUAGUAAAUGCUGUGAGGCUUUGUGUUGUAUUGAUCUCCUGCAUUCUUGUAUAUACUUCUCCGUAAUCAUACAUGUAAAUAAUAUCCGCUGUACGGGAUACUCAAUCAAAGACAUGGAUUGUGGCUCUAGAUGAAAGGGCCCUCGUGGAAGAUAAUGUGACCUGGGACAGUUACAGCAUUAGAUCUUCC